AUGACUUUCCCCAUGGCCACCUCCACCGCCUCCACGGCCGCCGCCGCUUCCCUCCGCCUCCUCCCGGUGCCAGCCACCCCAUCCUCCAGCACUCUCCGCUUCGCGCCCAUCCUCCGCCGCGCGCCCCGCGCCCUCUUGUCCGUCUCCGCCCUCAGCAAGCUCUCCGAGGCGUCCCCCGUCCCCAUCCCGCAGGAGCCCACCCAGACUUUGCCCGACGAGGACGCGCUUCCCCCUAGGCCCGGGGUCUACGGAGUCUUCGACCCCGCCGGGGACCUGCAGUUUCUCGGGAUCUCGCGCAACGUCAGGGCCAGCGUCGAGGGGCACCGCAGAAAGGUGCCCGCUGACCUCUGCGCCUCCGUCAAGGUUGCAAUACCAGACGAGGAAACACCAGAUAAAAGUGUCCUGACUAAUGCCUGGAAAUCAUGGAUGGAAGAAUACAUAGCAGCCACUGGCAAGGCGCCACCAGGGAAUGUUGCCGGGAACCACACCUGGAUCGGUCCUCCACAGAGACCUGCAGAUUUGCGUUUGACUCCUGGUCGCCAUGUUCAGCUAACUGUGCCACUUGAACAGUUGAUUGAUCGGUUAGUGAAGGAAAAUAAAGUGGUUGCCUUCAUCAAAGGAUCAAGAAGUGCUCCCCAGUGUGGGUUCUCGCAAAGAGUGGUGGGGAUCCUGGAGGCACAUGGAGUGGAUUUUGCAUCCGUAGAUAUUCUUGAUGAGGAGCACAACCAUGGGUUGAGAGAGACCCUCAAGACCUACAGCAACUGGCCAACCUUCCCACAGGUUUUUGUUGGAGGAGAACUUGUGGGCGGAUGUGAUAUUAUUUCAUCCAUGGCUGAAAAGGGGGAGCUUGCUGCCCUAUUUCAGAAAUAG